GCAACAGAAGAUGUGAGCUCCUCUGAGUGGGAACUGUUUGUGAACGAGCUCGGAGUCCAGAGCCAGAGCGGUCAACUCUAAUUAUCAGGUGUCGCGAGGCAGCUUCUGUGCCGACUUGGACGUCAACUGGCCUCUUCAUCUGAAGUGCUGCCAGAGAAGAAGAAGAACUCUUGUGGCUCUGUGAAGCGUGGAGGCCAGAAGGAGAGAGAGAGGAAACAUGGACACAUGCGCCUGCGCUUUGGAGCUGCUGGGGAUGCUGGUCUACGUCGGGGCCUGGCUGUGCGCUUUGGCCACCACUAUCUUACCUCAGUGGCUGACCAUGUCCACAGCGCUGCUGCCCGUGGAGAGCUACGAGCUGGGCCUGUGGGAGACCUGUGUGGUCCAGGAUGUCGGGGGGAUGGAGUGCAGAGCUUACGACAGCCUGCUGGGCCUCUCCAGUGACCUCAAGCUGGCCCGCAUCCUCAUGUGUGCUGCCCUCGCUGUGGGCAUGCUGGGAAUUCUAGUGGCCAUACCUGGACUUCACCUGGUCAACAGCUGCAAAGAACACGGCGGCAAUCGAGCCAAGAGGACUUUAACCAUCAUAGGAGGGGUGCUGGGGAUGAUUUCUGGAGUGCUGUGUCUGAUCCCCGUGUCCUACAUGGCUCAUUUAGCAGUGAUACAUUUCUUCGAUGAUAAAGUACCUGACGUGGUGCCUCGAUGGGAGUUUGGAGACGCCUUGUUCUGUGGCUGGGCGGCUGGGUUUCUCCUCAUAGUGGCGGGGCUACUCAUGGUCACCUCCUGCUCAUGCUCACAGGUGGAGCCUCAGCCAGUGCUGCAGCGGAGGUACCAGGUGAUGGGCACAGAUAGUAGGAAGCGCACAGAGUACGUUUAACGAACCAAAUACCUGCAUAGAGACCAAAAGCACAAUAUAAUCACCUGUAGAUCUGCACUUCAAACAAUGAUGUAAAUAUCUGGUUUUAUAUUAAAGACUGCCAAAUGGUUGCUUUAUCAAAAAAAAAGGAUUUUAUCAGCGAAAUUUUCACCUUGUUUCAGCUACUUUCAAUGACUCACCUGCACAAUCAGACAUUACAUUUAAGGACUGCUGUGAUCAGUAAACAUGAGUAUUUUUUUAAACAUAUGUUUUAUAAAGCGCUUUAUACCCCUUAUUCUGGGAUGCCUUUGUUUUACCCAAAAGAGAGAAAGAAAGUCAAGCUAGUUUAAGGGGACCUUUAAGCUUAAAUUUAAAAUGCUGUGAUUGUAAAUUAAUGCUAAAACAGAUUAUUUCUUAAAGCACAAAUUCUUCUAUGUCUCAUUUAGUUUGCUUAUGAGCUGUAUUGUGCAGCACAUUCAGAUGAUUCACAUAAUUGUGUUUUAUUACAUUGCAAUUGUAUUGAAAAUUUCUCUUUUGUCAUUAAAAGAAAGAUAAUUUUAAUUGUA